AUUGCGCACACAUGUGUCCUUAUGCCGAAACUUGAACUAGUUCAUUAGUUAACCAACAUUACACUUAGCAACAAGUUAAAUUUAUAAAAAACAAAAACCAAAGUAAACGAAAUAUUUAAACAAAUAUUAUCGAUAAUAAAAGAUUUAGAAAUUAAUAAGAUAUCAAAAUGGUGCAAGUUGUAAAUAAAAUAUAUGGUGAUGAGAAAAUUCAAGAGGAUAGCAAACAUUGGUCGCAAUAUUUAGCAGUAAUAUCAGCAACAAUAGUAUCAAUAGCAGCAGGCGUAUCAAUCGCAUGGCCCUCCCCCUCAGUCCCACGCCUCCUCGACGGCGAGCUACAAUACCCAGUAUCCAGAGAAGAAGGUUCAUACAUAGCAAUAAUCUCCGCCCUAGGCAACAUGGCCGCCAGCCCCAUUUCCGCCUAUUUAGUAGACAUCAUCGGCCGUAAACGCACAAUAACACUCAUCUCCCUCCCCCAAAUAUUAUCAUACAUCCUAAUAUACUUAUCAAGUUAUUCCAUAGCCCUACUCUACACAGCACGCUUCCUGGGUGGACUAGGAGAGGGCGCCACAUUCACCGUAAUGGCCAUGUACAUCGGUGAAAUCUCCGAGCCGAAAAUCCGCGGAACACUUGGAUCCUACAUCUCUCUAACCCUCAGAGUCGGAAUGUUAUUAAUCAACGUACUAGGAUCCUACUUCACAAUCGAAACAACCGCGUUGAUAUGCCUAAUACUCCCAGCAACAUUUCUAAUGAGUUUUAUAUUCAUGCCAGAAACACCGUAUUACCUACUCAUGAAAAACAAUCGCAGCGCAGCUGAAAAAUCACUGCAAUUCUUACGCCAACGAAAAAACGUUGAGCAAGAACUUGAAAGUCUACAAAAUGACGUUGAUCGCCAACUGUCCGAGAGUGGCACUUUCAUGGACCUAUGGCGUAUACCAAGCAAUCGCAAAGCAUGUAUUAUUGUAAUCGGCCUGAGAACUUUCCAACAAUUUUCAGGAAUUUCCGCAUUCACACUCUACACACAAAAAUUAUUCAAAGAAGCAGUUGAUACAAUAUCACCAAGUUUGUCAGCGAAUAUUUUCAGUUUGAUUCAAUUAAUCCUGACGUUUUUCUCGUCGAUUUUGGUUGACAUCACAGGCAGGAAACCACUUUUGAUAUUCUCAUGUGUUUCGUGUUUCUUUGUGCUUACAAUCGAAGCGGUUUAUUUCAUCCUGAGAGAUUUUACGAGUAUAGAAGUGUCGUCUUUAUGGUGGUUACCUUUAGGUGGGAUGAUUUUGUAUAUUAUUGUGUUUUCGAUUGGGCUGGGAAGUAUUGUUAAUUUAAUGAUAGGAGAACUUUUCAAUCAGAGUGUGAAAGCCAAAGCGAUGUGUUUGGUUAAUAUUUAUUUUGCGAUAGCGAUGAGUGUGACUACGAAGUUUUUUCAGUUUAUGACAGAUUUAAAUGGGUUAAGUGUACCCAUAUUGGUUUUUGGGGGUAGUUGUGGGUUAGGUGCGUUGUUUUGUUAUUAUAUUGUACCGGAGACUAAAGGCAGGACAUUGGAAGAGAUUCAACAGUUGUUAAAAGGAAAGAAUGAACGUGAAAAUUAAAAAAUAAAGAUUUUUAAGCAGUU